CACAUCCCAUCCAGCUGCUGCCGUGUAUCCCUGCCAUGUCUUCGAAAGUUUCGUCGUGAUGUUAUACCAAUCGAAUUCAUCAAUACGCAUGUCGCUGUCUAAGAAUCGAAAAGAAAGUCUUCAAUGCGUGCUCUACCAAUCUAUGUUAUCUAAUAAACUACUAUCAAGGACUUAUGUGACGAAUAGCUCGUUUGCUAUCGACAGCUGGGACAAAAAAGCGGUUUCGCUGUCGUAGGUGAGUCGCGUGCUUGCUUUCACCGAUAGAACAGCUUUAGUACAUGCCGAAGGUCAUGGGUGAAAUGUCACCUGGGGAGGGUGUGGAUGAAGGUUAAUGAUUUAAUUAAAUAUUCAUAGCAUCCGUGGCAGUUUUCAUAUUUAAUUUACGUCAAUAAUCUCCUUUGCGUCAAUAAAUUCAACAUUAACGUCGAAAUGGCUUACCUCUCACUUCGUCUUCCUUCUCCUAAAACAAACUGGAAGAAGGGUCGACCCUAAUAUUCGCUACCGCGUUAAAUUUUUCGAUUUUCUCUCGUUGAAUUAUAUCUGAAACAGUAUAUCUUGAGCGGUAUCACGCGGUACAACAUUUAUUUUAUUUUUGUUAUUCUAUAUGCUAUAUAUAAUUUUUUUUGCAUUAUACAUAAAAAAUGUAUCCAAAAGAUCGAUUAUCAUAUAUGCCCGUGUAAAGCUAAAUUCGUACUAUUCGUACUAUUCAUCUAGACGGCGGUAAAUAGAAUUCCGUCAACCCUCCGUUAAAAUUUUCUUCAAUGCUUUUGAAGUAUUCAUAAUAUCCGCCUUUUUAUCACAUCAUAUAACCAUUUCUAUUAAAAAAAUUUUUUGAUAGAGCGUUGACAGUCUCCUAUCUACCGUCAUUCAAACAGAUAGCUAGAACUCAAAUGCAAUUUAGACUCGAAUGUAAUCCAUUAUAGCGAAUUGUGUUUAACAAUUUUGAUUGUGCAAUACAUGUGCCCCCUUUGAUAUAAAGAAGACGACCGAUCUUGACAAAGUAUCCCCUGUAUGAUCUGUAUGGUCUUUACUUCUUGGGCGAGUCCCUCAUCGAGAAAUGUCAACAAAAAAUACAAAUAAAUGAUAAGGCUCUUUGAUUCAAAUCGAAAAUACUAAUAUAAAUUCUCCUAGAAUAAUAAAAAAGGACGAUAUAUCAUAUCGACAUUAUAUACGAAAGAGUCAACUGCAGGUCUAAUUUGCAUAUAUUUAUAAUAUACCACAGGUGCCUUAAUAUCGGAAUGUUAUUAUAAACACAUAUAAAUUAGACUUACAAUUGGCUCUUUCCUUCUCUUUUAUAUUUUUAUAGCAAAGAAACCUGACGAAUGCUGUCGCGCAUAUUCCGCGAGUCGGAGAACACACUGAGUGCACAGGAAUGAUUUUCAUCUCAAGGAUAAUAUUAUAUCACGAUUCUCAGUAUACGACAAUUCAAUUUUAUAUAAAGUAAGUAUAUAAGUACAAUUUCGUAUCUCUACUACCCAGCUAUCGCGCGCACUGGCAUUCGCGGAGAAACGAAUAAUGAUUUAAUAUGCGUUCGCACAGUUAAUUGACAUUGAUAUUGAGACAUGAAAAUUAGUUCUAAACACAACCGUCCAUCGUUAAGAAAUUGGAUUGACGAGUCCGUGCGGAUCCGGCAUCGUGUGGGUUUAUAAAUCACGACGGACGAAACUUUCAAAGACACGGCAGGGAUACACGGCAGCAGCUGGGUGGGGUGUAACAGUCAGCGAAGAAAAUUGCGUUUUAUUUUCCCGCAUUGCUUCCGGUCAAUUUGAACGAUAGCUGCUAGAGUUAUCGUGCUCGUAAGAGAUAAAUCGAGAAGCUGAACAUUUUUGAGAUAAACUUAAAUUAGAUAGUCUUGAAAUAUUUGUUUGAUGUCGUCUCGCUCCAUCGAUCUAAUCAUGUUUUACUUCGAGUUGACAUCAAUGACAUAAUUUUAAUUGUGUUUGUUCUCUACAGUGCUAGAACGUUAAUAUUAAUAAUUUGAAAACAAUUUUACAAAGACAUUAAUAUAUUAAAAUUAAAAGAUGUCAAAAUUAAUUGUGAGUAUUACCAAAAUUUUUUUAUUGGAGAAAUAGAUAGAUUAGAGAUUAGUGAGUGAAGAAUCAAUCACACACUCGAAAAGUUUAUAAUAUAAUGUGUUUAAUAAAGAUGAGAAUUCAUCUGAGUUACGGAUAAAGCUGCAGAAAAAAUAUGGAGGAAACAUUGAACAGAAGUAUUUUCGACAAUGUGGCGCGGUAUACUUAACUGAGACGUUCAAUCCAUAGUCGGUGGGACGGUAUAUAAGACUAACAACUAUGAAAUAACGUACACUUCUAUUCUAUAACUAUAAUACUUUUAUAAGAAGUCUAAUGUAACCAACGAGUACUUAUGCUGCAAUGAAAUAUAAGAAAAUGUGAAGUCGUAAUGAUUGCACCUUGACUUCGAUCGAAGAAAGUUUCCAAGAGAUAUUUUUUUAUGGGAAAUAAGUACAUCCAUUAUAUAAAGUUCUCUCGUUACUGGAUCGAUCACUCAAUCAACCAUCUACAUAUUAGCAAACACAUGAAAAUUACAGAUGUUCCGAUCUCACGGUAACAUUUCACGGCAUUUUGCGUCUCAAUGAAAUUAAGUAGUUUAUUAUGGAAUUUAUAGUAGAAUUUACGUUUAUAAAGGAAACCACAUAAAAUAUUUAAUUUCUUGAGGAAAAGGAGGGAAAUGAACAAACCCUUGCAGACACUUUAGUGGUCAAACUCGUUUGGAUACUCAAAGAAGAAUGGUCUGCUUUGAAAUCGAGUAUUGGAACAUCAAUCGGAUACUUCUGCUCAUAAUUGGCAUGUGGCCUUAUCAACAAUCGAAAUUAGUUCAAUUUCAGAUCAUCUUGUGUUACGGUAUUUUGAUAAGCAUCAUAGUAGUUCAGUUGUCAGCAUUCUUGACUACAGAAUGUACCGUUAACUUCUUUAUAAAAAAUCUAUCUGCAGUAUUAUAUUUUUGUCUGUAUGUGAUUUUUUAUAACUCAUUCUGGGUUAACAUAUCAUUUGUGAGACAUUUAUUGAAUUAUAUUCAAUAUAUAUAUGAUGAAUUGAAAGAUGAGAAUGAAAUCGCUAUCAUAGAAAGUUACGGAUAUGAAGCAAAACGCUGUACAGCUGCGUUCACACUGUUAGGCGUAUCUUGCCUACUUAUCGCUAUUGUCCAACCAUGGAUACCAUGCAUUCUGAAUACUUUUUUGCUCAUAAAUGAUUCUCAACCAUAUCGCUCAGUGUAUAUUAUAACUGAAUACUUCGUCGAUAAAGAGAAGUAUUUUUAUUUAAUUUUGCUGCACGUAAAUGUAGUCUUUUGCUUAGGAACGUUUGUAUUAGUAGGUACUGGAACAAUGCUUCUAGCAUGUUCUAGAUGUAUCUGCGGAAUGUUUAAAAUCGCUAGUUAUCGCAUAGAGCAGGCAUUGGAGAUUAAUAUUGCAGUUAAUUUAAAAAAUGACAUUAUGAUUUAUAAUAAAAUAAUUCAUGCUGUGGAUAUUCAUCGGAAAGCUACAAUGAUCAUCAAGUCUUUGAUUUCUAACUUCGAGGGAUCAUUUGUUUGUACAAUUAUGUUUUGUGUGACUUGUUUGAGUCUUAAUUUAUUUCAAAUUUCCCAAUAUAUAUCGUUUGGAGGUAGUGUUGAGCAGCUGAUGUUACAUGGAAUAGCUAUAUGCAUUAUACUUGUCUACAUAUUCAUAUCCAACUAUUUUGCACAAGAAAUGUUAGAUCAUAAUAGUCACAUAUUUGCAACUGUAUAUAACACUCGGUGGUAUACCGCUCCUUUGUACAUACAGAAAAUGAUACUGUUCCUGUUGCAAAGAGGCACGAAAGUCUUAACUCUGAAUGUCGGUGGAUUGUUCUCGGCAUCCUUAGAAAGUAUCGCCACGAUACCAAAUCGUGUUGAUGCCUGAUCGUGUUGUAUGACGUAAUUCGACAAUAACAAUUUUAUCGACAAUCAACAGUAUACAUUUAUUAUAACCGGAUAUUUUGUCGACAAAUAACAAUAUUUUUAUAUAAUUCUGCUGCAUACAAACAUUUUAUGUUAAACGUUUGUGAUAAUAGCGAAUGGAACAAUAUUGAUAGCAUGCGUUAAAAUAUUUGCAGAAUAUUUAGGUUCGCUUGGUAAAGAAAGGAAAAAAUAAUAUAGAUAUUUGGAUUUGUAAUUAUACAUUAUAUACAACAUACCUAGAAAAGGAUAUCAAUUGUUGCAGAAGAUCACGGAAAUUUCUCUCUCUUUCUCUGAAUAUCGGUCAAAAUAUCGUCUCACUUUACCGUCUUAUAUUUUACGCAGCGUUCACGCAAGCAUCUAUCAUUCUGUCGCACACGUGAUGUGAGCGUAAAGACUAUAAUUUUUUCCCUUUCUA